AUGUCUCAACCUAUUCAUACUUUAGGACGUGGAUGCGAUCUCGCUCCUCCUAGAAGCAGCGAGCAAGUCCGCAAACCGUGUGAGGAGAUGCCCCCAAUGCGAGCACAAUUCUUCUAUUGCUCCCCUCUUCCUCUCGAUGAUCCUCUCACUGCUGCACCACCUCCAACGGCCGACUCCAAGAAUAUCAAGCAUCUUCCUCGUCCAUUCCCAAAACGCGACAACAAGGCACUUCUGGAAUCAUGGUUAGGAAUGGGUUCGAAGAGAGACCGCAGAUAUCACAAUCGAACGUGCAGGCCUAAAUUAGGCGUCGAGCCGACCGCCGACAAGAAAUUUAGUGUUACUAGUUUGAAACCCAAGAUCAAGCAGGAGGUUAAAGACAUCAAGCAGGAGGUGAAGGAUAUCAAGGAAUCUUUCAAGUCGACCAUAGCCAAUCCUGAAACCUACCAGCCAACGACUGGGUCGGUAGCGGAGCUACCGCCAACCGAGUCCGAGGCCGCAAAUUGUCGCCAGGAACAUAUUGCAGGAGAAAAUGAGGGAAAACCUACAUUGGACACCAUUGUUUGCCCUUGCAAGGGAAGCCACCUCUGGUGUAGAAAGAAGACGGGAAAGUGCAAAUGUGCAUCUUGUCCCAAAGCUCAACAAGAAGUGGUGGUCGCAACCCACCAACCCCACAUAUUCCCUGGAAAGGAACCUAAACCAGAGGAAGAUACUGAACCUGAGUGUUUGUGUAAUCAACCACUAGAAGACUCAGAUCGUAAAAUCGAAAGAUCCGAGGAACCGAAACUAGAACACAGUCGCCCUACCGAGCCGCUCAAGCCUUCAAAGCACCGAAGAGGAAAGUCCGAGGAAAAUAAGCCGGAUAAUGUCCAGCCUGAGUGUUCAUGUAUCGAGGAGAAGGUUAAGCAAGAUGGUACUGAUGAGGCCAAGCGAUCCAAACAUUGGGAGCACAAUUGCAAGAAAGGAAGGUUUGAAAGAGAGAGAUCUGAAAAUGACCUCAAACCGCAAGCCAUCCAUACUGAGCUACCCAAGGAAACAAAGCCUGCCAAAAUGAAGUCGAAGAACAAGGAAAAGGGGGUUGCUAUUGAUGACCAAGGUGAAUCGGCUCAAACGAAAGAGACAAAGGCUUGGUUUGACCAGCAGUUAAAAGCUCAGAAGGAGCCUCUCCGCAAAACUGAGGACGAGGAUGAUGUUUGCUGUUUCGAUUCCGGGUUUGAUCAUGGAGAGAAAGAGGGUGACCUGGCUUCAUCAGCCUCAAAACUACCAAGCUGCUGCGAUGACAGUAAAGGUGGCGACUCCAAGCUACAUGAAGCCGAAAUCGAUAGCUCUUCCAAGCGUAAGCAGUCCGAAGCCGAAACAAUCUUUUCUGGAACCUGCGACAACAGUAGGGCCGAUCAGUUGAAAGACACGGAAGUAAGUACUAGAAUUCCAAGUUGCUGCGAUGAGAGCAAGAUCGAAAGUCCUUCCAAGCAAGAUCAGUCCGAAUCCGUAACCAGAUUUGGAAGCUGCUGCGACGAACCCAUACACAAUGAUAGGCACCUUUCAGAGAGACAGGUUCCAGGGCAGCAUAUUCCUGAUAAGCCUGAGGUUCAUACAUGUGUGGAACCAAAGACAGCUACGACGAGCAAGAAUUCCAAAGGCAAAGGAAAGUUCUUUGGUAGACGACAGGCAGAUGGUACGGCCGAUCAAGAUGAUGGAUUAUACGACGACUGGAACGAAGACCUGCCUUCAUGCCACACGGGUUUAAAUCAAGGGGAUGCUACGAAUGACGACUGCAUCUGCGAACCUCAUAUACAAACAUCCAAAACCAUUGUGCCCGUAGCUGGAGGUGGAGGCGGCAAUAAACCUAUUAAGGGCGGACAAACUGCUGGAUAUGGUACAACCGGAAAGCCAUUUGUGAAAUUGCCCGCUCGUGGUGAAAAUUAUGCGCCUCAGGAUAGCCUAGCAUGUGAUGAUGAACCCAUCACUGAUCCUCGAAAAUCACACGAACGUGAUUCUACAGAGGAUAUGGAAGUUGAAGGGUGCAAAGCUUACAAGCACAAGGAGCAUGCAAGGUGCCAACCUGACAUCCCUGUCGGACCUUCCAGACUACAUUUGGUCACUUUGCCGUGUCUGGUGUUAAAGCCAAUCUACUGGUCACCUGUCAACGAUCAGUACCCCUGCAUAUAUGGUACCUGGUUCUAUAAAGAUACUAUGUGUCCUGUCGAGCCAGCAGUUGCCAACCAGCUUGAGAAGGGGUAUAGAGAGAAUGAAUGCUGGUCCCAGACAUGGGACGAUCAACUCAAUUCUGCGAUAGACGUUGGCCCUGAGGGCGAAGAGAAGAUUGUUCAUCGUCUCUGGCCAAAAGAAAAGGAUUCCAAAUCGCCGAACUAUGAACCCUCCGAGCAUAUUCUCUCUACAGAUCCCUAUUGCGCCGCGCGUUGCUUCUCUGGUGAAGCUGCCGCAGAGGGAAAGGUCGAAGAGUCAGACGCAAAACCAACUGCAGCCACUUUAAUUAGCAAAAAGUAUCCAAAUUCACAAGUCAUCUACAAGAAUUCCGAGGAGGCCUUCAUUUUGAAGCCCAGUCUCUGUCCUUCGACUUAUUACGGACGUAGACCUCUCACUAAGAUCAGAAACGGUACAUGUGUCGGCAUAGCUGUCGUUCGCGGAUUUGACCGAAAGGCUUGGAAUAAGCUUUACCCUCCAAAGAAGUUCACUGCCGUUACGAAAGAAUACAGCAAGUCUACGAAGCACAACAGUCUUGGCUAUAAUAUAUGGGAUGCAUGCCCGGCAUGCAAGUUACAGGAUGAGCCCGAAAAAGUGACUGACCUGUGCCUGGUCGUUCAUGGCAUUGGCCAGAAACUUUCAGAGCGCAUGGAGAGCUUUAAUUUCACAUAUGCGGUCAAUAGCUUCCGGUGCGAGAUGAAGCGCGAAUUUACCAACGACGAUGUGAAGAAGGUACUUCGAGAAGACUUCACUGGCGUUACGAUGCUCCCUGUCAAUUGGCGCGCGAAUCUCUCUUUUGAAGACGGUGGGCCAAGAAAGCCUGGAGAUAAGGACCGUGCUGGUUGUGAUUUCACACUAAAUGAUAUCACUCAACCGACCAUUCCAAGAGUCCGCGAACUCAUCUCGGAUGUGAUGUUGGAUAUUCCGUACUACAUGUCCGGACACAAGCACAAGAUGAUUGCAGCUUUGAUCGCCGAAGCCAACCGCAUAUACCGUCUUUGGUGUAAAAAUAAUCCGGGCUUUCACAAAGAUGGUCGAGUUCACCUCAUUUCGCACUCUCUUGGUAGUGUUAUGGUCAUGGAAGUAUUGAGCAAGCAGCCCACCACCUUAGCAGCCGAGCUUUCAUGGAGACCUAAUUACAAGUACUUCGAUUUUCAAACGACUAAUUGCUUCCUCGCCGGCAGCCCAUGUGCCUUCUUUCUCCUACUCGAAAGCAAAUCAUUAGUGCCUAGGAAGGGUAUUGACAAGCCUGGCUGCGAAAGCGAAAACGACAGCAGUAAAGAUGUUUUCGGUGAUGCGGGUACAUUUGGCUGCUUGGCAAUAGACAACCUCUACAACAUUAUGCAUUGUAACGAUCCUAUCGCAUAUCGUUUGAAUGCAUGCGUAGAUGCAAGAUACGGCGUAGGUCUCAAACAAGCAGAAGUACCAGACUCUUCACGCAGUUUCAUGACAACUGUGAGCCACGCAAUGAAGUCUGCGGCUGGCAUAUCUCAAAAUGAUGACAACCCCGUGGGAGAAAUGUCUAGACCUGCUACGAUAACUAAGAUGCCUUCUCAAAUGGAGAUGGAGGUUCAUGAUUUCACAGCCGAGGAAAUGGCAGAAAAGAAAUUUUGCCAGUUGAAUGAGAAUGGUCAGGUAGAUUGGAUUCUGGGCAAUCGUCCGGGCAUAUUGGCGAAUCAGUAUAUUGACAUGUUGUCGGCUCAUAGCAGUUAUUGGAACAAUCGGGAUUUUAUCCGUUUCUUGUGUGUGGAAAUUGGGAGACAAUCGGGCAAGAUGAAUACUUUGUCGAACAUGAGAGCGAGAAAGAAGAGGAGGAAGGUGUUUAUUGGAGGACUCAUCUCAUGGCACGCACAACGGGAAUGCGAGGUUGCUUUUGAGAUAGGGAUAGGGAUGGGGUUGGAUAUUCGGAAGUUCAGAUCUACAGACGCUAGUAUGCAUUUGACUGAUGCUUUUCCGAGAACCGAUGUACUACCGUAUAUCGAUGUCGAUAUUACAUACAAGGAUUUUGAGAGGAUACCGGAAUUGGGAUUGAGAAAGGAGGGGAUUGAAAAGGAAGGAAAGGGAAGGGGAUUGAAGAGAAGGGAGGGGAUUGGAAAGGAAGGGAAGGGGAUUGAGAAAGAAAGAUGGGGUUGGAAAGAAGAUGGAUCGAAAAUCACAUUGUUUGUUGAUACGAAUGAUCCCAUAUUCUCAAACGUCGAUAUCGAAUAUAUACCUGUGUCUUUAUUUGAUAAAGAUAAAUGGAUCGACAAGGAACGUCUCCGCUGUGCAGCGUUCUUCAAGAUCCCUAUAUCCCGCACUAUUCCUGAAGGCUUUCCACAUCUCACAUUGAGGAUUCAACAGGCAUUGUGUGUUUUACCAUUGCUGUUUCCGGAGAAGAAUGAGCAACGGGAUGUUUUGUGUAAAUGUCUGGAUCGAUUUUAUGAAAUCUAUUGGGUCGAGGGGAAGGAUAUCUCGGGUGCGGGGGUGUUGGAGGAGGUAUUGAGAGAUGUGAUUGGAGAGGAAAAGACGGAGGGGGUGUUGAAAGAGAUUCCGGGGAAGGGAAAGGAAGGGGUGGAAAGAAAUACUGCGAGGGCGCUUGAGGAGGGGGCGUUUGGGUUGCCGUGGAUGGUAUGCACGAAUGCCGCCGGCAAACCCGAGGGAUUCUGGGGCGUGGAUCAUUUGGGACAAGUUGUUGAUCACUUAGGAUUGGAAAGAAUGAAGAGUAAAGCCUGGGACGCUUUGCUACUAGCGAUUCCCAAUGCACCCAAGAAGACAACCGCGGCGCUGAGGGAGAUCCCAGCACUCUUGGAUCCAUUUGAGGUGCUGGUAGUGGCGGGACUGGAGGUUGUGAUUGUGGAGUUGGAAUUGGAUGUUUCGGUAAGUGUGUCAACGGUGAUACCGGGGGUGGUGGGACAUUGGGUCGAAUUAUCUGAGGAGUGUAGUGCGGUGAUGUUGCUGGAGAAGGUUAUAUCUGCGCACUUUUUGGAAGGCUGGUUAGUUGCUAGUUUCUGGGAUUGUUCCUGUGUGGUUUUUCGAGAGCUGGGAAGGGAUAUUGGGAUAUUGGGAUAUCGGGAUGCCGGGAUGUAA